ACUCACCAUCAGCGCGCCUAGGCGCGUGGCGGUGAGCAUGCCUCUCGCUGCCUCGCCGCCAUGCCUCUUAGUAGCACCACGAGGCCCUCCUUCUCGCCGUCACAUGGGCGCGCCCCAGCAUCAAACCUGGUUCGUCCCGCGCCGCCAAGCUGAGCCAUAGCUCCAUCGACCUGCAGUCUGGGUCCAAGCGAUGCCUAUCGCCCCGCCAUUGGGACCGUGCUUACAUCCUUUGAGAGGCGAGGGCAUCCGAUAAAUACUGGACCCUGCCUUCGUCCUUGCAGAUCCCAAGGAACAGCUCUUGUCUGACUGAGCGCUCUUGAAGUCUGGGGAGCUCUCCGCACAUUCCAGUCAGCUAGCUAUGGCGUCGACAGCAGCUUCAGCCGCCGCAACGGCGACUGCAGUGGCCAAAGCUACUCCGCAGGGCGGCGUGUUGGAGGGCGUGAGUCCUGUGAAGGUCGACCCGAAGAACCCUAUCAUUCUCUUCAUUAUCCAGGUGUCUAUCAUCAUCAUCUUCUGUCGAGCGCUCAACUGGCCGCUCUCCAAGAUGCGCCAGCCUCGUGUGAUCUCCGAAGUCAUUGGCGGUAUCCUGCUCGGCCCCUCCGUCAUGGGCCGCAUACCUGGGUUCACGGCGAAUAUCUUCCCCGAGGCCGCGAUGCCCCAAUUGUCUCUCGUCGCCAACCUUGGGCUCAUCCUGUUCCUGUUCAUCAUCGGGCUCGAAGUCGAUCUGCGAUUCCUCAUAAGCAAUUGGAAGGUGGCAGCGAACGUCGGCCUGGUCAGCAUGGCGGUUCCGUUCGGCCUGGGAUGCGCUAUUGCCGUUGGUCUGUACAAUCAGUUCAAGGACGAGCCGGAGACUGUGGCUAUCGAUUUCCCAGUUUUUAUGCUCUUCAUUGGUGUGGCUAUGGCUAUUACGGCCUUUCCCGUGCUCUGCCGCAUUUUGACCGAACUGAAGCUGCUCAUGACGCCCGUGGGCAUUAUCGUGCUGUCUGCCGGCGUUGCCAACGACGUUGUUGGCUGGAUCCUACUCGCGCUUUGUGUCGCCCUUGUCAAUGCUGGAACCGGCUUGACAGCAUUAUGGAUACUACUUACCUGCGUUGGCUACAUCCUCCUGCUCGUCUACGCUAUCCGCCCCGCCUUCGUAUACAUCUUGAGACGAUCACGUGCGCUUCAGGACGGUCCCAGUCAGGGCAUUAUUGCGCUCACGCUCCUGAUAUGCCUGGGCUCAUCCUUCUUCACUGGCAUCAUCGGCGUGCAUCCCAUUUUCGGGGCCUUUUUGGCGGGUCUUAUCUGCCCUCACGAAGGAGGUUUCGCCAUCAAGGUUGCCGAAAAGAUUGAAGAUAUGAUCGGGGCGCUCUUCUUGCCCCUAUAUUUCACUCUUUCCGGAUUGAACACUAACAUUGGCCUUCUUGACAGCGGCAUUGUCUGGGCGUAUGUUAUUGGCGUUUGCGCAGUCGCGUUCUUCUCCAAGUUCCUCGGAGCUACCGCUGCAGCUCGCUUCACGGGCAUGCUGUGGAGGGAGUGCUUCGCUAUUGGAUCCUUGAUGAGUUGUAAGGGUUUGGUCGAACUGAUUGUGCUCAACAUUGGACUCCAAGCGAAAAUCCUCAGCUCACGAACUUUCACCAUCUUCGUCGUCAUGGCGCUUGUCACUACCUGCCUUUCGUCCCCCCUGACCAUCCACUUCUAUCCGCAAUGGUAUCAGAAGAAAGUCGAGGCCUGGAGGCGAGGCGAAAUUGACUGGGACACCGGAAAGCCCUUAGACGGAGCCGAAAGCAUUGCUGAUGGUGCUCAUUACGACAAGUUGGCGGCUGAGAAGAUUAAACAUCUAACGGUUUAUCUUCGCUUGGAUAGCAUGCCUAACCUACUUGCAUUUGCCUCCCUCUUUGGUGGACAGUCCUUUAAGCCAGCCCCAAAGAUCCACCCAGCAAUUCAGCAGGCGGCCAGUACGAGUAAAGAGACUGGAGAAUCAUCUAUCGAAGAAGAACAGCCUAAGCGACCGGUGCAGGCUUAUGGACUGCGCCUACUCAAUCUGACGGACCGUGGUUCCUCUGUCAUGCAGGUCUCGGAAAUCGACUCCUACACGGCAUACGAUCCUGUAGUCAAUACCUUCCGCACUUUUGGUCGCCUACACAACCUAGCAGUCAGUGGCGAAGUUCUGGUCGUACCAGAAUCCUCCUUUGCAGAUACACUGACCACGCGAGCGUCCGAAUCCGACUUUCUCCUGCUCCCAUGGAGCGAGACGGGCGGAAUGAGCGAGCAGACAAUCAUCGAAGAUAAGGGCACGAAGAACAAGCUCGCAGCUCCUUCCUACAUAUCGUUCGUCAACGCAACAUUUGAGCAAUCAACGAUACCAGUCGCUGUCCUCGUGAACAAGAACUUCGGAGGCAGCAAGAACAGGGCCAAGAAGGAUGGGCUUAGGCUCACGCGCACCUACAGCAGCGUUAGCCUCUCUAGCGCCCGAGACAAAGCAGUCACCGCGCCCAUCGCAGAUCGCAGCCACCACAUCUUCUUCCCCUUCUUCGGCGGCGAGGACGACCGCGCCGCACUUCGCCUUGUCCUCCAGUUGGCCGAGAACCCAGAGGUUACUGCCACACUCGUGCGCUUUGAUGUCCCAGAUGAGUUCUUUGGUCACGCUGCAGCCUCGUCAUCUUCUCCUAUUAAAGGCGGCGAUACUACAGGCACAACGACGUCAUCAUCGCGCGAACACGAUGCCUCAUUCUUCGCCUCCCUUCGCGCUUCUCUCCCAGCCGAACUUGCACAUCGUGUCGUAUUCGAGACGGUGAGUUCGUCGGACCCGGUGAAAGACGUCAUCGCACGCGCAAGCCUUGAAAUCGGGCAGAACCCCAAGAACGCCGGCGACCUCAUUGUCUUGGGCAGGAAUAUGGGUCAUGGGGAUCUCCAAGUGGCCCUAGGCGCGGAUGAGAUUAGAUCUGCAUCGCCGUCUUCUGCGGCUGCUACGCUGGGUGCGCUGGCGGAGAAGGUGUGGGAGAGCAAGUCAGGGGCUAGCUUGUUGAUCGUCAAGGCUGGUGUGUAGGAGAUUUAUUAUGAUCUUUUGCUCAGUGGGCGUUAUUAGGGUUUGUUGGAGUCGGAGUAUGAGCACAGAUGCUUGAAGAUUUCGGGUUGACUAGUGGUUUUUUGGAUAUCCAAGAGUCACAGAGACAUACAGGCGUAUGCACGAUAAAUGGAAUCUUUGCGAACGCUUUCUUCGGCUCACUCUAUCCACCAGGGAGCAAGUCUUACGACGAAAUGUGCUAGUAUGUGGUAGAUUUCCUACGUUACUUUAAAGACUGUGGUUGGUGUUCUGUGCUGAAAUCCGCGUGACGGCUUCACAGGAGUGUACGGUGG